AUGAAAGUGAACACGAUAUAUCACAAGCCAAAUGAGAUAUCGAAAGAAAGGAAAAGGGACGUGCAGUACGUUAAGUUCUCGAAGAAUGAGGAGCAUCAUCCUUUGAUGAGAGAAAGAGAGUUUAUACGGGCAUUAAAUGCAACAAAGAUAGACAGAAUGAUGAGCAAACCGUUUAUUUGUGCGUUAUCUUACCACAAGGAAGGCAUUCAUGUUCUGUGUAGACAUCCUAGCCAGCCUGUGUUUGCAUCUGGCAGUUUUGAUAACCAAUUGUUUGUGUGGAACAUGAAUGAUAGAACAGCAAACAGAGAAUACAAUUGUGAAUAUUCAAUCAAGGGACUUGGAAUGGAUCAGAAUGGAUAUUUAUAUGCAGGCCAGGGUGCUUUUGUAAAAUGUCUUGAUAAUAACAUAAAUUAUGCAUGUAAGUCUGAAAUAGUAUGCCUGGAGAUUGGUAAAGAUGUGCAUGCAGGGACAUUUAUGGGCGUUGAAGUGUUUGAUAUCGAAAAAGGAAAUCGGAAGCAGUGUGUAAAGACAGAGCAUUCGUACUGUAUCCAGUCGAGCUUGGUGAUGCCUAAUGUUGUUUGUGUUGGACAGCAAAAGGGAUUUACACUAUUGGACAGCAGGAUUGGAGAAAAAAUAGAUACGAUAAGGAAUGGAAAGACAAACGAUGUAGCAUUCAAUCCAAAGCACGGACAUAUUCUUGUGUCGGCAAAUGAAGACGGGUGUGUGUACAAUCAUGAUAUAAGGUAUCUGCAGGAUCCAUGUGGAGUUUACCGAGGACAUGCGAAUGCAGUGGUUGCAGUUGAAUUUGAUCCACUUGGGGUAGAAAUAGCAUCUGGAAGCUCCGAUAAGACAAUACGAAUAUUUGAGAUAAAUGAAAGAAAGAGCAGAGAUGUUUAUCAUGCAAAACGGAUGCAGAAUGUGUUUGGUCUGAAGUACUCGCAUGAUUCGCAGUUUAUUGUUUCUGGAAGUGACGAUGGAUCGAUAAGACUGUGGCGAAGCCAUGCAUCAAUUCGCCCUGGCCCGUUGAGUAGAAAAGAGAAAGACAAUCUUGAGUACUCUAAGGCACUAAUCAACAAGUAUAAAGAUGUAGAGGAGAUCAACAGGAUAUCCAGGCAUAGAUUCCUUCCUCAUAUAUUGAAGACUUCAUUAAAGAACAUUCAUGAAUCUUACGAAGCAGCACAAAGACGAAAGGCAAAGCGAGAGAGUCAAAACCAAUAA